AUGAUUCUAUUACUCUUGGCUUUCUCGAUUAUUCUUCAAAGAGGUUAUGCGUUAACUUCUAUUGCCAAAUUCGGUAUGGAGUCUCAGGUGGGACGCCAGAUGAUUUUCACGGUUGAGUCAAAGUUAACCUGUUUGUAUGAACCUUUGGAAGCAGGAAUGUUUCUGAAGGUUAAAGCACAACCAUACCCCCUCAUAAAAUCGAGAUUCCCCAUUCAAUCCCGCUUGACAUCUCCUUCUGGAGAGUUUUCCGAGUGGUUUGAGGGCGAAGGAACAGUCAGUAUACGUCAUAAUGUGACUGAGACAGGAGAUUAUGAGAUCUGCUUGAUGACCUCUCGACCAUAUCAAAUCCUAUUUGAUUUGUUUUUCCAGAAUCCAGAAACGGCAGAAAAGGGCCUCACAGAUUACGUCGAGCAUCAAAAACUUGACCAGAGCAUUGAGAAAACAGUUAGACGACUCUUUGCUUUGUUCUACAACAUAGUGCAUUCAAUCAAAUACUAUAACAUGAUAUCCUUUGCUGAUGAGAAGCUCCAGUUGAGGAAUCAGAAUAUGGUGGAAAUGCACUCUUUGCUCUAUUCACUGAUAUUCAUUGUAGUUGCAAUUGUUAACGUUGUUAUAAUACGAAAGAUGUUCCGUCUUGAUCCCCAUCGUAUUCGUAUUUGA